AUGGUGUCUAACCAUGGAGUUCAUAGUCGAAGAAAUUCGUUUUUCUUUAAAUAUUUGUUAUCCUCAACCGCGGCUGUCGUGGCCGAAACAGUUACGUAUCCGUUGGACUUGACUAAAACCAGACUUCAAAUCCAAGGAGAACAAGCAACAAAGUUGGAACUUUCUACACACCAGCCAUACAGAGGAAUGAUCAAAACUUUUAUUGGCAUUGUUAAGGAAGAAGGUGUUCAGAAACUUUGGCAAGGAGUGACACCAGCCAUUAUUAGACAUAUUGUCUAUACAGGAUGCCGAAUGAGUGUCUAUGAAAUUCUUAGAGAAAAUGUCUUCCUUAAGAAUCCAGAUGGAACAUUUCCAGUUUGGAAAGCUGGUUGCUGUGGAAUGGUUUCUGGUAUGAUAAGCCAGUUUCUUGCAAGUCCAACUGAUCUUGUUAAGGUGCAAAUGCAGAUGGAUGGGAAACGCCGUCUUGCUGGAAAGCCACCAAGAAUAAAGAGUACCACACAUGCAUUCCAGAAAAUAGCUGCUGAAGGUGGUGUCAGAGGAUUGUGGAGUGGUUGGGUGCCGAAUGUACAACGGGCUGCUUUAGUAAAUAUGGGUGAUUUGGCCACAUAUGAUACUUCAAAACACCUUAUCAUGAAACACACAUCUUUACAAGACAACGUAGUCACACAUUUUCUUUCAAGCAUAAUGUCUGGAAUUGUAGCUGCCAUUGUCAGCACGCCUGCAGAUGUUGUAAAAACAAGAGUUAUGAACCAGCCUCAUAAGAAUGGAAAGGGUGUCCUUUACAACUCUUCUCUGGACUGUUUAAUAAAGACUGUGAAGGCUGAAGGUGCUCUUUCUUUAUACAAAGGUUUUUUCCCAACUUGGGCUAGAAUGGCACCUUGGUCUUUGGUUUUCUGGCUGUCUUUUGAACAAAUCCGAAAAAUGACUGGAAGUGAUGAUGGAAAACCUGACAGCUUCUUUCUUUCUUUCUUUCUUUCUUUCUUUCUUUCUUUCUUUCUGUUUACAGUAAUUAUACUCUUUUCUUUCUUUUUUCCUUGUUUUUCGAUAAAAUAUCUCUCACCGUCUUCAUUCAAAAACAUGGCGUUCAGUACGCAGAUACUUUGUCCUAAUGGUAGACGGCAAAACGUCGUGUCGAAUCUUAAUUCCACUUUAUUACAGGUUCUGGAAGAUGUCUGUAAGAAACAAGGAUUCAUGCCUCCUGAAGAUUACUGCUUCAUGCAUGGCCGAAAGCAGCCAGAUUUGACUGUUUCCUUAAGGUACUUGGGUCUACCUAAUAAUGCCAAAUUAGAACUUGUCAAAGCCCCACAAUCACGGAAGGAGUCAGAAGUGUUGAUUGCCUUGCAACUGGAAGAUGGGACUCGACUGCAAAAGUCUUUUAAUCCUCAGGUUGUUCUCUGGGAAAUCUUGGAGAUUUGGCAGAAAGAAUCAGACAGUUCCUUGCAAGAAGCUUUGUCUACAACAGUGGAUAGUAGUUGCCAGCCUCCAAAGCAUCCAGUUUGUAUUUACAUGAGGGAAGAAGUAAUUGGUGAAUAUGCAUUAAAAAGGACACCUCUACGAAAACUGGGCCUUACCAGUGGCAAGGCAGUAAUCAGGUUUCUUCACCGUGAGGUUGAUGAUAUCACUUAUGCUGGCAUUGUUGAGCAGCUUGACAUUGAAGCCAACAAGAAAAGAAAGCUAGAAGAAAUAGCAGCUCGUCGUCAGCAGGAGGAGAGAAUUCAAAGCCCCACCAGCAACAGCAAUCAAGCCACAACCUCUCUCUCAAACAUUCCUGAAUCUAGUCCCUUACCAAAAGCGACACAGAACAGAAAACCUGAAGAAUCUAUGGAUGUAGAAAUGUCUUCAUGUGGAACGUCUUCAAAUGAAUCCAUGGAAGUUGUACAGUCGAGUGGUGCCAGGCCUAAAACUGUCAGGCAAACUACAGAUCAUGAAGAAGGCAUGGGAGGAUUUUCUCACUUCAGAGAACAGUUUGUAGAAUCUACCCAGAGUCAUUCUGAAGGGCGACCAAGACGGCAACGUCCACUGCAAUCUCCUUCCCAGAUGCAAUUCAAUCAAUAUUUACAAUCAAGUGCAAUAGAAAUGAACUUUGGUGAACCUGUUGAAGAAUUUAAAUUUCCUGAGGAAACAAAAGGACAGCAUCUUUAUCAUAAUGAAUUCAGCGAUGUAAAUCAUGAGGAUUUCAUGCCUUGUGAGAGAAAUGUCAAAGUUUUCAAUGCCAUGACUGACAAACCUUCUUCUCUUACAUUUGAAGAACCUUCUGAUGAAUUUUUUGAACUUACCAAAGCCGAUUUAAUGUGCAUGAUGUCAGACCUUCGUAAAAAAUUGCGGGACGUUGAGGAGCAGCCUUUGAUAACCAAAUCUCUGCGAGAAUCAAUGAAGAAUGAGAGGUACUGUAAAUAUGAGCAAGUUGUAAUUCGUGUGCAGUUUCCAAAUUAUUUAGUACUCCAAGGAUUCUUCAAGCCUAAAGAAACAGUUUUUUCUCUCUACAAAUUUGUGAAAGAGAACUUGGAAGACAAAAAUAUGGAUUUCUAUAUAUAUGUGACUCCGCCUAAGAAAGUUUUGAAUGACAUGAGUGAAAGUUUAAUCCAGGCUGAUCUUGUCCCAGCUUCCAUAGUUUAUUUCGGCUGCCAAUCAGAAAAAGCACAUUAUCUCAAGAAAGACCUUACAUCUUCACUUUUUAUUGGGAUUUUUUUUGUUUUUCUUUAUUUGAUCUUCUUUUCUUCUUCUUUUCUUUCUAUUUUCUCCCCUUUUUCCCUCUUUGUCUCUUUUCCCCCUCUUUGUCUCUUUUCUUCCCCUUUGUCUCUUUUUUUUCCCUCUUUGUCUCUUUUCUUCCCCCUUUUUCCCUCUUUGUCUCUUUUCCCCCCUUUUUCCCUCUUUGUCUCUUUUCUUUCCCCUUUUUCCCUCUUUGUCUCUUUUCUUUCCCCUUUUUCCCUCUUUGUCUCUUUUCUUCCCCCUUUUUCCCUCUUUGUCUCUUUUCUUCCCCCUUUUUCCCUCUUUGUCUCUUUUCUUCCCCCUUUUUCCCUCUUUGUCUCUUUUCUUCCCCCUUUUUCCCUCUUUGUCUUUUUUUUUCUGUUUUCUUCUUUUUGUUCUUUCCUUCUUUUUGUUCUUUCCUUCUUUCUUUUUAUUUUUUUUCCCUUAUCAAAAUGA